GCGGCUACCGCCAUUUUCACCGCCGUCGCGCUCGCGCCUUUGCUCCGCUUUUAAAGGGGCCGCGCCGCCUCUUCACGUUUUUAUAUUCAGUUUUCCGAGCGCCUCCGCGCCGUCCGGGUGGGCCCGAGCCCCCCCGCCAGACUCCACCGCCGCCAUGAGGGAGAUCGUCCACAUCCAGGCGGGCCAAUGCGGCAACCAGAUCGGCGCCAAGUUCUGGGAGGUGAUCAGUGAUGAGCACGGCAUCGACCCCACGGGCACCUACCAUGGGGACAGCGACCUGCAGCUGGACCGCAUCAGCGUCUACUACAACGAGGCCACAGGGGGUAAAUACGUGCCCAGAGCCAUCCUGGUGGAUCUGGAGCCUGGCACGAUGGACUCUGUGCGCUCCGGCCCCUUCGGGCAGAUCUUCCGGCCUGACAACUUCGUGUUCGGCCAAAGCGGUGCUGGCAACAACUGGGCCAAGGGUCACUACACGGAGGGCGCCGAGCUGGUGGACUCGGUGCUGGACGUGGUGCGCAAGGAGGCCGAGAGCUGCGACUGCCUGCAGGGCUUCCAGCUGACCCAUUCGCUGGGCGGCGGCACCGGCUCGGGCAUGGGCACGCUGCUCAUCUCCAAGAUCCGCGAGGAGUACCCCGACCGCAUCAUGAACACCUUCAGCGUGGUGCCGUCCCCCAAGGUGUCGGACACGGUGGUGGAGCCCUACAACGCCACGCUGUCCGUGCACCAGCUGGUGGAGAACACGGACGAGACCUACUGCAUCGACAACGAGGCGCUCUACGACAUCUGCUUCCGCACCCUCAAGCUGACCACGCCCACCUACGGCGACCUCAACCACCUGGUGUCGGCCACCAUGAGCGGCGUCACCACCUGCCUGCGCUUCCCUGGCCAGCUCAACGCCGACCUGCGCAAGCUGGCCGUCAACAUGGUGCCCUUCCCGCGGCUGCACUUCUUCAUGCCCGGCUUCGCGCCGCUGACCUCGCGGGGCAGCCAGCAGUACCGCGCCCUCACCGUGCCCGAGCUCACCCAGCAGGUCUUCGACGCCAAGAACAUGAUGGCCGCCUGCGACCCGCGGCACGGCCGCUACCUGACGGUGGCCGCCGUCUUCCGCGGGCGCAUGUCCAUGAAGGAGGUGGACGAGCAGAUGCUGAACGUGCAGAACAAGAACAGCUCCUACUUUGUGGAGUGGAUCCCCAACAACGUCAAGACGGCGGUGUGCGACAUCCCGCCGCGCGGCCUCAAGAUGGCCGUCACCUUCAUCGGCAACAGCACGGCCAUCCAGGAGCUCUUCAAGCGCAUCUCGGAGCAGUUCACGGCCAUGUUCCGGCGCAAGGCCUUCCUGCACUGGUACACGGGCGAGGGCAUGGACGAGAUGGAGUUCACCGAGGCCGAGAGCAACAUGAACGACCUCGUGUCCGAGUACCAGCAGUACCAGGACGCCACGGCCGAGGAGGAGGAGGAUUUCGGCGAGGAGGCCGAAGAGGAGGCCUGAGUGGUUUCUCCAGAGGUCCUGGCCCUCAGCAGUGUUGCUCCUCCCCUUCCCGGUGUGUUGUCCCAGAGAGGCGUCAACCGGUGGGCGGCGCCUUUGGUGUCAUUGUCCUUCAUCAUCAUCAGUGUUGGCCUCGGUCAUCGGCGGCGGCAGCAGUGGAGUCCCCACCCGACCUUCAGCGUUGUCCUCAUGGUUCUCAACCUUCAUCAUUGUCAUCCUGGAAGAGUCCCCAGCCUUCAGUGUUGUCCUCACAGUCCCCAAGCUUCACCAUCUUUGAAGAGCCCCCAGUCUUCAUCACUGUCAUCCAUGAAGAGUCCCCAGCUUUCAUCAUCAUCAAUGAGUCCUUGGCCUUUGUCAUCCUUGAAGAGUUUCCAGUCUUGAUCAUGGUCAGAGCUCCCAACUUCUGUUGUCUUCAUCCUUGAAGAGUUCCCAAUUUUCAUCAGCACUGAAGAGUUCCCAACCUUCUUCAUCAUCUUUGAAGAGUCCCCAGCCUUCAUCAUGGUCAUUCUUGAAGAGUCUCCAGUCUUGAUCAUCAUUGAAGAGACUCUAAUCCUGAUCAUGGUCGGAGCUUCCAACUUCAGUCAUUUUUGAAGGAUCCCCAAGAUUGAUCAUGGCCAUCGUCAAAGAAUUGUCAAAGGCUCCCCAACCUUCAUCCUUGAAGGGUCCCCAGAGUUCAUCAUCCUCCUCCUCACAGAGUCUCCAGGAGCUCCUGGCCUUCAUCAUGGUCCUUGCAGAGUCUUCAAUCUUCAUCAUCCUCAGCCUUUGGUCUUCAUUGGGGCUGAUCAGUUGGCCUUGACCUUCAUCAUAAUCAUCUUCAUUAUGGAAGAGCCUCCAAGAGCUUUUGAUCUUCAGUCUCAUCUUGAAAGAGUUGCUGACCUUCAUCAUCAUCGUGGAAGAUUCCCUGACCUUCAGGGUUGGUCACUUGGCCUUGACCACCAUCAUCCUCAUCCUGGAAGAGUUGCUGACCUUCAUCACCUCCACCCCUCCCUCGCUGCCUCCGCGGCCUCCUGUCCUCUCCCCCCGCCCCACUCUGGCUCCAUUUUCCCCUUCUUUUUUUGUAAUUUUUCCUAAAUUUUGUUCAUUUUUCCCAAUUUUUUGUUUCUUUCCCUAUUUUUUGUCAUUUUUCCCGUUUUUUGGUUCAUUUCCCUCCUUCUUCCCUCAUUUCAGUCUGUCCUCAUUUUUGAUCAUUUUCACCCAAUUUUCCUCAAUUUUUGGUCAGUUUCCCCCAUUUUUGGUCUUUUUUUCCACUUUUCCAAUUUUUGCUCUUUUUUCCCCCCGUUUUUGCUCACUCUUAGCCCAAUUCCAUUCCUUUCCCAGCUUUUGGGUCCUUCCAAUUUUUUUGUUGUUUUUUUCCCUAUUUUUGCUCAGUCAUUUUUUUACCUAUUUUUUUCCAUUUUGGGUUUGUAUUCCUCAAUUUUUGUUCAUUUUCCCCCAUUUUUUAUUUGUUUUUCCCCAUUUUUGUCAGUUUUUCCUGUUUCCCCUCCAUUUCUCCCCGCUUCUGUCGCCGUUCCCGGUGUCCGGUCGCUCCCUCCCGGUUUUGGAUGUUUUUGUUUUUUUCCCGUUUCUUUCGUUUUUCAUAUUGAAAAGUCGCCCCCGGGUCCGGAAUAAACUCGGGAUGGAAAAGCCA